GCCGAUGCUGCUUCCCUUUAAUUACUACGCCGUUCCCCCUUGGCCAGCCCGCAUCGGCGAACCCUAAACACCGACCUUGUUCUGCUCCCCUUCCUUUGGAACGACUUGCAAUCCAUCGCGCGAACGGCAUGGAGGUGGUGGCCGUGAAGGACUCGGCGAUCUCGGAAAAUGGAACUGAAAGGACCUUGUAUCCGUAUGUGACUGGUACAUCAGUGAUAGGCAUGAAAUAUAAAGAUGGUGUUAUUUUGGCUGCUGACAUGGGAGGUUCCUAUGGAUCCACUUUACGAUACAAGAGUGUAGAGCGUAUAAAACACAUUGGUAAACAUUCUCUUCUUGGAGCAAGUGGAGAAAUCAGUGAUUUCCAGGAGAUUUUGCGUUAUCUUGAUGAGCUCAUCCUGUAUGAUAACAUGUGGGAUGAUGGGAAUUCGCUUGGUCCAAAGGAGGUUCACAACUACCUCACUCGGGUGAUGUAUAACAGGCGUAAUAAGUUCAAUCCUCUUUGGAAUUCACUUGUUCUUGGUGGAGUGAAGAAUGGCCAGAAGUAUCUUGGCAUGGUUGGCAUGAUUGGCACACAUUUUGAGGACAAUCAUGUUGCUACUGGAUUUGGAAAUCAUCUUGCAAGGCCAAUACUUCGUGCUGAAUGGCGUGAGGAUUUGAGCUUUGAAGAGGCUGUUAAGUUGCUGGAGAAGUGCUUGCUUGUGCUCUUAUAUCGUGAUAGAUCAGCAAUUAAUAAGUUUCAGAUUGCGAAGAUAACCGAUGAAGGGGUGACCAUCUCUCAGCCAUAUGCCCUGAAGACCUAUUGGGGUUUCUCUGCCUUCCAAAACCCAAGCAAGGGAGCUGAGGGAUCAUGGUAAUCAGCUUUGCACCCACAUUUGUGAGACUUUGGUCAGGUACAAGACAAGGUUUAGUGGAAUACUUUGUUACGAUGAUGUCAUUCCAGUUUGUUAACCUGAGCAAGAAUUGAUUACAAUUUAUGCUCUUUCAACUUCUUUUCAAGCUUGCAUUAAUUUGGUCAACUAGUUGAAGGUUUGCCUACCUAUAAAGAGUUGUGUUAUUA